AUGACCCCUGGCCAGAAACUUCAUAAAGACAUUAAUGGUCCUUCUGUAGAGUGCAAGCUCUACAGAGGUAUGAUUGGAUCUCUCUUAUAUMUYACUGCAAGUAGGCCUGAUAUCAUGUUUUCAACGUGUAUUUGUGCUAGGUAUCAGGCAAAUCCCAAAGAAUCCCAUCUAAGUGCAGUAAAGAGUAUCCUUAGAUAUUUAAAGAAGACACCAACUCUGGGACUUUGGUAUCCUCUGCAUUCCAACAGUGAUCUCGUGGCUUACACAGAUUCAGACUAUGUUGGUUGUCAAAUUGACAGAAAGAGCACCUCUGGAAGCUGUCAAUUUCUUGGAGGAAAGYUGACUAAACUACGCGAUUAUGGCUACUCUGUUGACAAGAUCCCCAUCCUCUGUGAUUCUAAGAGCGCUAAUGUUAUAUCAGCCAACCCUGUGCAACAUUCAAAGACAAAGUAUAUCGAUAUAAG